AUUCAUUAGCUUGCGCAAAUAAAUGGGCCGUUGACCAACAUAUAAAUUGGCCCAAAUUCGUCACGCUCACGCCUCCACCCCCACUCAGAUCCACAUAUUAAAAAAAAAAAAAAUCAUUUUUGUGCAAUCAAUCAGACGAGAAGAAGAUUAUCCAUCGCCAUGGGACAAGUCUUUAACAAGCUCCGAGGUAAAGAGUGGAGACAUAAGCAGGUACAAGCGAUAUGUGAUCGUGUUUUCGAUCGGUUCAAGAUGCAAACCGGAAGAGCCAAUCUUACGUUUGAAGAGUUAUACAUCGCUGUUCUUCUCGUUUACAAUGACAUAAACAAGAGAUUGCCUGGUCCUCAUUUCGAUCCACCUUCUAAGGAUCUAGUCAAUAGCAUUAUGACGGACUGUGAUAUCAACUUGGAUGGAGAACUUGAUAGGGAAGAGUUUGUGAAGUUUAUUGAGCAGAUUACGGCUGAGACGUUUAACGUGGUUAGUCAGGGUUUGAUCAUAGCUUUGAUUGUUGCUCCCACUGUGGCUAUUGCGACGAAGAAGGCCACGGAAGGUGUCCCUGGAGUUGGCAAAGUUGUGCAGAAGCUGCCUACUUCAAUCUAUGCUUCUCUUGUGACUCUUGCAGUUAUGUGGGUGAAUUCUGAUUCAAGUUAAGCUUCUCAUAUUGUCACCAUAAUAAAUGUGUUUAUAACUCAACUGCUACGAAAAUAUAGAAACAACGCACGGAUUGGUUGAACGGUUGGAUAAUACUAUUUUUUUCUGAUUUACUCAAACUCUAUGGUUGGGGAAGUAAUUGAAACAAAAGAGUUACAAGAUGAGAGAUUUGAUGUAAAAAUUUACGACUGAAAUGAAUUAACAAAACCAGUGUUUAUCUCUCCUUAGGACAACAAAACAAGCAUGAACUAAACAAGA